AAGGCUCCCGGCGAGAGGCGGUGGAGCAUCCUGACGUCUGGUGCGGGGAAAUCGGGCGGCCAAAGGCUGCAGUUGGCUAUCAGGAUGGCAAGCACCCUGCUUUGUACCACAACGUUCCUGUUGCUGUUUGGGUUGGCCUCGGCUUACAGCCACAGCACCAGAACUCCAGACAGGGUCUCUGAAGCCGACAUACAGAGGCUGCUCCACGGGGUGAUGGAACAGCUGGGGAUCGCCCGACCCCGUGUGGAGUACCCAGCACAUCAGGCCAUGAACCUGGUGGGCCCACAGAGCAUUGAAGGUGGUGCACAUGAGGGUCUCCAGCACCUGGGUCCUUACGGCAAUAUCCCAAACAUCGUGGCUGAACUGACAGGAGAUAAUAUACCAAAGGAUUUCAGUGAAGAUCAAGGCUAUCCCAACCCUCCAAACCCCUGUCCUAUUGGGAAAACAGUGGAUGAUGGGUGCCUAGAGAACACCCCAGACACCGCGGAGUUCAGCAGGGAGUACCAGCUGCACCAGCACCUCUUCGAUCCAGAGCACAACUAUCCCAACACUGGCAAGUGGAGCAAGAAUUUACUCUUUGAGAAGAUUAACGGUGGUCCAAAAAGAAGAAAGAGGAGUGUGAACCCAUAUCUGCAAGGGCAGCGAUUGGACAAUGUUGUAGCAAAGAAGUCUGUUCCACAUUUUUCAGAUGAAGACAAGGGUCCUGAAUAAGUACAAUAAAAAUGAAGGAAGAAAACUCAUGCCAUCCUCCACUAGAUCGUAAUAUUGCUUAUAUAUAAUAAUCUAUUAAAAUCCUUGUGAAUGGCAGCAUGUUUAUUGUUUAUAUAAUUGCAGAUGAAAAACAGCUGUAUUUAUAACAGUAUGUUCUCCUAGAUAACAAAAAUAUGGUUCUGGUUUUUGUUAAGCUAUGGUAAAAGGACAUUUCUGUUAUUUUUAUUUUAGUCAUGGAGAAAACUUUUAAAAUGUUCGUCAUUUUAAUAGCUAAUGUGAGGUAAAUGAUCUUAAUGAGAAGCUUGUAAAUAGGAAGAU